CAAAUAAAAUUAUAUAUAUAUUUCAUAAUAAUAAUGAGACUUAAAUCACCGGAACCGCCACAUAUGUUCCGUCGCUACAUUACGGAACUCAAACCGUCCGGCGAGCUCCGCCGUGCGCGCACCGCGGCGUUGUUUCUGAUAUUGUUCGGUUUUUGCUAUAUGAUUUUGAGUAGCGCGUUUGAUUCCUGCCGGAUCCGGUUGCCGGAAUAUGUUAUCUCGUCGACGGAUGUAUUUUCUUCUGCCAUUUACUUUGAUUCUUCGGACAGCGCUGAUACUAGUCUGGAGGCAGUCUUAAAGGAGGCUUCUAUGGAUGAUAAGACAGUUAUCUUAACAACCUUGAAUGAGGCCUGGGCGGAUCCAAAUAAUUCAAUUUUGGAUCUCUUUCUGGCAAGCUUUAGGCUUGGUUACCAAACCAGUAAACUUUUGAAGCAUCUGGUCAUUAUUACUCUAGAUCAGAAAGCAUAUGCGAGUUGUAAGCGUGUACAUACCCAUUGCUUUGCACUCACUACGGAGGGAGUUGAUUUCUCUCGGGAGGCCUAUUUUAUGACCCCUGAUUACUUGAAGAUGAUGUGGCGACGCAUCGAUUUCUUACGUGCUGUGCUUGAAAUGGGAUACAACUUUCUUUUUACGGAUGCUGAUGUCAUGUGGUUCAGGGAUCCGUUCCCACAUUUCGACCCAGAUGCUGAUUUUCAGAUUGCAUGUGACCAUUACUCUGGAAACUCAACCGAUGUCAGGAUCAAUAUACCCAAUGGAGGGUUUAAUUUUGUUAGGUCAAAUGCCCGGUCAAUUGAGUUUUACAAGUACUGGUACUCUUCAAGAGCAAUCUAUCCAGACAUGCAUGAUCAGGAUGUCCUCAAUAACAUCAAAUUUGACCCUUUACUUACAGAUAUUAACUUGAAGUUAAGGUUUCUAGAUACUACGUAUUUUGGUGGAUUUUGUGAACCAAGUAAAGACUUAAACAAAGUCUGCACAAUGCAUGCAAAUUGCUGUGUCGGUUUGGAAAACAAAGUUCAUGAUCUGAAGAUCAUGCUUCAAGAUUGGAAGAACUUUAUGGCCCUUCCAUCUCACAUGAAGAAUUCAUUAAGACAUAGCUGGAGUGCUCCCAAGAACUGCAGCCUUGCUUUGCGUCGUCACUUUGGUUUGUCUGCAGAAGGAAGGAGAAUCGAAGGAACUAGCUAACAUAUUGUAUAUCUAGGUAGUUUUUCGAUGUAAAGAUAUAUCUUCAACAAACAGGUAAUUAUUUUGUAGAGAACGACAUUAUUUAACAACAUGCUAGUUCCAUAGCAUGGUAGUGCAGUGGUACCAUGAGAUAUAUAGAUGUAGGGGUGGGUUCAUUUGAAACCACUAGGAAACUGUGAGAUUAAGAAACACCUUUAAACUGGAAAAUGGAUGAUCUAGAGCGAUUAGGAAGUUUUGGAAGAUCACAUGUGAAUGAAAUUUUAUCUAUUUCAAUUGUAUGUUUAUUAAAAUAAUAUUACAUGUGAUUUGCGUA